CCCAGCCCUCAUAUCUCCUCUCUGGACAGCCAGCCCUGUUCUAGAGUUAUUCCAGGAAUGCGAUGAUGAACAUGGCUGCCGCGAUGAAGGCGCAGAAAACGGGACUGCUUGAGCUCCGAGUGACCGUGGACCGCUGGAUCCGGGCGUUGGCUACGCUCACAGAGGACACGCUGACGGUCAACCCCGGGGAAGGCGCCGAGGAGCCGGAGAAGCCUAAGCCGAACCCCCCGGGGGCUAUCAACGGAGACCCCCCGAACCUUAGCUCGAGUACCGUGCCGGAGACCAUCACCAACGUGAAGCGCACGGUGAGAGUCACCAAGCAAGAUGUCGGAGGACUCGGCAUUAGUAUUAAAGGUGGAAAGGAGAACAAGAUGCCCAUUCUCAUCUCCAAGAUUUUUAAAGGCCUGGCCGCUGACCAGACGGAGGCUCUUUAUGUGGGUGAUGCCAUUUUGUCUGUCAACGGUUACGACUUACGGGAGGCUACGCACGAUGAGGCCGUGCAGGCCCUGAAGAAAACCGGCAAGGAAGUCAUCCUCGAAGUCAAGUACAUCAAAGAAAUGUCAGCUUUCUUCAAGAGCUCGGGGUCCCCUGGUGCAGCUCUCCCGUGGGACUCGCCUCCACUUACUCAGAAGGGUUUGGAGCUGUCAGCUGCAGAGGCCAAGGAGCCCCGCAGCAUCUCGCUGAAAAUGUGCCAGGUGUCCCGCAAGCAGUGCCCACCCGACACAGAAAACAGGUAUUUCGAGGUGAUUUCACCCAAUAGGAAGAACUCCGUGUUCCUGCGGGCCAAAGACCCAGCCAUGGCCCAGUCUUGGUACAACGCCAUCCAGGCUUGUCGUGCCAACCUUUUACCACGUGUCAAGGAGGAGAUGAAGAGCUUGCAGCCUGGCAUGGAGGUCAAACACCUGGGUUGGAUUAUAGAACAGGUGGUCCAAGGUCCCGAGAGGCCGGUCCUCGCUGUGCUGACCGACCGAGAGCUGCUCCUGUACCCUUCCAUGCCCGAAGGCAAAGACGCCAUCAGCAGUCCCACCAAGAGCCACCCUCUCAUCACGACCCGACUGGUCCAUUCCGGCCCAGGAAAAACCUCUCCCCUCCUGGACUCGGAGCUGUCCUUCGGCCUGCGCUCGGGCACCAAGCAGGGCGUGGAGGCCCAUGUGUUCCGGGUGGACUCUGCCAAGGAGCUGUCCACUUGGACUCACCUUCUGGUCGACGGCUGCCACAAUGCUGCCGAGCUUAUCAAGGAGGUCACAGCAGCCUGCAGCUGGAAUGGACAGGAGUGCACCCUGGGAGUGCACAUCGACGAGGGCUUCACGCUAUUCACCGAAGAGAUGGGUGUCAAGAAAAACGUCCUCCUGCAGCAUCCCUUCGAACGCCUUCGAAUGUCGUCAGACGACGGCGUCCGCAUGAUGUUCCUCGACUUUGGAGGACCCGAAGCUGAAAUUCAACUGGACCUCCAUUCUUGCCCCAAGACCAUGGUGUUCAUCAUCCACUCUUUUCUCUCUGCUAAAGUCAAACGACUUGGCCUGCUGGCAUGAUGACGUCCAGAACUAUUAGCGGUAUGAAUAUCACACAAAAAAAAAAAACAAUGAUGACGGGAUGACGUUCUCCUCCGCCGCGGCUCCUUUUUGUGGAAGAGCGACGGACACUUCUCGUGUUGAGGUAAAACUGUUUCACAGUGACGAAGCAGCACAUGAAUUUAUGAUAAAUGUACGAUUUUAGUAGCAUUUGGUCCAUUUUCUUCUCUCCGCCAGCACCCGUCAUGAAUGACUUGCCUUAUCUGCUGCGUACGUGAUGUUGCACAUUUCAAAGGAGGUGACCGAUCACUGCGUGAUCUAAAAGUACGGAAGCAUUCGUUCAUGUUUUAGUCGCUUUCGCUCAUUUUUAAGCUAAUUUGAUUUAUUUUAGUUUACAAACUACACAUUUGGAAAAGUUAAAAAGGGGAACAUUAUCACCAGACCUAUGUAAGCGUCAAUAUAUACCUUGAUGUUGCAGAAAAAAGACCAUAUAUUUUUUUUACCGAUUUCCGAACUCUAAAUGGGUGAAUUUUGGCGAAUUAAACGCCUUUCUAAUAUUCGCUCUCGGAGCGAUGACGUCACAACGUGACGUCACAUCGGGAAGCAAUCCGCCAUUUUCUCAAACACCGAGUCAAAUCAGCUCUGUUAUUUUCCGUUUUUUCGACUGUUUUCCGUACCUUGGAGACAUCAUGCCUCGUCGGAGGGUGAAACAACACGAACAGGGGCGGAUUCAAGUUGCACCAGAGGCCCAAAGAUGCGAAAGUGGCACGAAAUUGGACGUUUGUUCCGCACACUUUACCGACGAAAGCUAUACUACGACAGAGAUGGCAAGAAUGUGUGGAUAUCCUGCGACACUCAAAGCAGAUGCAUUUCCAACGAUAAAGUCAAAGAAAUCUGCCGCCAGACCCCCAUUGAAUCUGCCGGAGUGUGUGAGCAAUUCAGGGACAAAGGUCCUCGGUAGCACGGCAAGCAAUGGCGGCAGUUUGUUCCCGCAGACGAGCGAGCUAAACCCCCUGGAUGUCUUGGCUCACACCGUCCCGAAGAUGAUCAAGAGAAGAAUAUCGACCCUAGCUUCCCUGGCCUGCUGACAUGAGGGUAUGUCUACAGAAUAUAUUAAUUGAUGAAAAUUGGGCUGUCUGCACUCUCAAAGUGCAUGUUGUUGCCAAAUGUAUUUCAUAUGCUGUAAACCUAGUUCAUAGUUGUUAGUUUCCUUUAAUGCCAAACAAACACAUAUCAAUCGUUGGUUAGAAGGCGAUCGCCGAAUUCGUCCUCGCUUUCUCCCGUGUCGCUGGCUGUCGUGUCGUUUUCGUCGGUUUCGCUUGCAUACGGUUCAAACCGAUAUGGCUCAAUAGCUUCAGUUUCUUCUUCAAUUUCGUUUUCGCUACCUGCCUCCACACUACAACCAUUCGUUUCAAUACAUUCGUAAUCUGUUGAAUCGCUUAAGCCGCUGAAAUCCGAGUCUGAAUCCGAGCUAAUGUCGCUAUAGCUUGCUGUUCUUUCCGCCAUGUUUGUUUGUGUUGGCUUCACUAUGUGACGUCACAGGAAAAUGGACGGGUGUAUAUAACGAUGGUUAAAAUCAGGAACUUUGAAGCUUUUUUUAGGGAUAUUGCGUGAUGGGUAAAAUUUUGAAAACAACUUUGAAAAAUAAAAUAAGCCACUGGGAACUGAUUUUUAAUGGUUUUAACCAUUCUGAAAUUGUGAUAAUGUUCCCCUUUAAAAGACUACUAACACACAAAUGGCCUGAAAGUGGAUGAAAUAUUUAUAAAUGAUAAAGGUACGUCUCUUUUUCUUUCCUUUUUUUUUUUCAAAUUCAUCCACUCUCAACUGAUCACAUUCAUUACAAAGCAUUUCCGUUCAUUCAAUCAACACAAAGUACUUUAAGUAUCCAGUAAGUUCAUUUAAACAUCAUAUUUUUUGUCAUCAUUAAAACCUUCUCAUUAAGGA